UGAAAAUGUGGACAUCAGAAGUUUCACUGUGAAAAUAUAUUUUUUUCACACAUUUUCAAACUUUAAUCCGGGUCAGUUCUGACCCGCAGGACGACAUGAGGGUUAAAUAAAUACCAAAUGAAAGAUUAGGUGCGGCCAUUUUUAAGGUCUGUCAGCGCUGACCUUUGUCUUUUGACUUUCCUGACUGAUCUUGAUCUUCGUGAUCUCUACAUUCAAUGUAAAUGAGAAUCCAUAAGUGAAAAAACAAUGAUGCAGCUGCUAUACAUAGAUCUGGGCUUUUCCUGUUACUAUGAGAUGUCAAAAUGUCUGCAAUGAAAAAGAUCUGUUCAAUCCAAACAAGAGCAUGAAAGUCAGGAACUCGUUUUUUAAGACAGAAACUUGUUGUCUCUCUGCCUCGCAGCCCACAGGGGAGUAGCAGUGAAUCACUCUUUCCUAAAUGGAGGAACUGAAACGUCUGUUAGGCCUUCUGCAUUCACUUCAUAAAGCCUCCACUUACAUCCCUCCUCCUUUUCUUUUUUUUUUUUUUUUGUUGGUUUGUGUCACAAACCCAGGUUCGAGGUGGGUGACACUGCAGCAGAUCUCAUUGCUCACCCUGCUCCAGCCAUGGGCAAAAAGGGCAGACAGGACUGUCCUGAGGGCCAGAGGUGGGACAUUCUCAUCAGGUUUUGUGUGCCCAAAUGGCCAGAAACCAGAUUACAGACUGAACAACCCAGAGUUAACCUGACAUUCCCGUCAGAGCUGCCCAUGACCGCCGUUGACCAACUCCGAGCAACAGAAGCCACAACCCUGAACUCAGUGAUGGUACUGAGUCCAUUCCUGUGGAUCUUUGUGGUUCUGGCCACACUGGGCUCCAUCCUGGCUCUGGCUCUUUGGUUUGUCAUAUACAGACGACAGACCAGACUCAGCAGCAUCCCCGAGGACUCGCUGCCAGCACUGGAGCUUCUUCACAAUACAGACCCACCUGCUACAUUCCAUCCAGAAAGAAACGGCCAAGGAGAGAUGUUUCACAGAGCAGCAGAGGCCUCGUCGCUCUGCCAUCACCUGCAUCUGGGGGCCCAGACUGGCACAAAGUGGGAGGACAACUUCAACGCAUGCAGGGGCCCCGCAGCACAUGCAGGAACGGAGGGGGGUGGAGGGCUGCCAGCAUGCAGCACCAUGGUGGAGCACAGGAUCCCACUUCCUGCCACAGAGCUCGGCGGCACUGCCUUAGUUACCACGAAAACUGUGUAGAGCUGCGUGUGCUCGUAUUACUCAUGCUGUGACAUGAUUCAAAACUGUAUCACCUCACAGUAAUUGCAUUACUUCCACGUUGAACAGCGGGGCAUUUGCUCAUAUGUAAAUUGAGAAUACAAGCGUUUUGAUUUACUGUAGUACACAGCCCAGAGAUGUUCUGCCAUUCUUCAGAGACUUUGCUCUUUGCUGGAGGGGUUGAGUUGCUCGGCCUUCCUCUUUAAAAUACAUCUAAGGUGUUCUAUUGGUUUCAAAUCUGGCAACAUACUUCACCAGGUCUUAAUGUUCAUUUUGAUCUUCUAAAAAACUCCAGUGUGAUUUUUGGCAGAGUGCUUCAGAUCAUUAUCAUGCUGGAACAUUCCUCUUCUACCAAGCUUCUGCAGACUGGCAGGCAGCUUGUCAUUUAGCAUUUUGGCACAUCCACAGGCCUCCUCCCUCCAUGCUUCAUUGUCGGAGGUAGACUUGGUCAGAUUCACAUCAAACAUGCUGACAGCAUCUGAACCGUACAAAUUUAUCAAGUCAGAUCAGACAAUAAAGGACUCUUAAUCUUGCAAUUUUGUGCUCGAGGGCAAUCAAGAGUUUUUCUCUUGGAUGCAGCCCAUAAAGCAGGGGUGUGAAACAUGUGGCCCGCGGGCCAAAAUCGGCCCUCCAGAGGGUCCAAUCCGGCCCGUGGGACGGCUUUGUAAAGCAUAAAAAUUACAGAGAAAACAUUAACAGCAAAUUGUAAAUUGGUAAAACUAAAAAUUUAAAAUAGUUUCCAGACCAUGACAAGUUGUUUUGAUCAUAAAGUGAAAUAGUAGAUUGCUCAUUGUUCUGUUGUCAUUUUGUGUCUCAUUUUUGUAAUUUUUUGUCUUGUUGUUUUUUUGUCCGACUUUUGUCAUUUGUCUCAUGUUUUUGUUGUUUCAUGUUUCUAUUUUGUCUCGCCUGUGUUUUUUGUCUUAUUUUGUGUUUCGCUUUAGUCAUUGUUAUGUGUAUCAUUUUUGUCGUUUUGUGUAUUUUUGUCUCGCUUGUGUUGUCUAUUUUUUGUCAUUUUGUUUCCUGUUUUUGUCAUUUUUGGUCUUGUUUGUGUCAUUUGUGUAACUUUUUUGUCUUGUUUUUGUCGUUUGUCCAUUUUUUUGUCGCUUUGUAACUUUUUCAUUUAAUUUUUUGUCUUUUUCUUUUGUGUCGUUUGUCACAUUUUUUGUCAUUUUGAUCAUAAAGUAAGAUACUGUGAUAUUCAGUUCCAGAUACCUGUGACUAAAUGUUUUGUGUCUUUGUAGACACUCUGUGAUCUGGAAGUUGUAAUGUGUAAAUGAUAAACUGAGGCAUAAUGUUGUUGAAAUUGAAUUUAUUUUUCUUAUGAAAUUUCAAGUUGUUCAUAAUGUUUUGUAAAAAGAUAAUUCCUUAAAAGUGAACUUUUUGCACUAAAACAAAGGAAAAACUUGGAGUUGUUGUUAUUUAUAGGUUGUUAUGCUGUGAUUUUACUGGUCCGGCCGACUUGAGAUGAAAUUGGGCUGAAUGUGGCUCCUGAACUAAGAAGAGUUUGACAACCCUGCCAUAAAAGUUCACGCUAUUUAAUAAUCUUCA